GGAGCAAUGCUGCCUUACCGGAGGGAGAGCCCAGCCCUGCCCCGCUGCCCAGUGCGGGGUGGAAUGGUGGUUCACGGGCCCCAGUUUGCCUACUGCCCCAGCCCCCAAGCUCUGCACCGGCUGCCGGGUGCCCACGCCUGUCCCUUCACUGUCAGCGCGGUGCCCUGCCCUGACCACGGCUUCCCCUGCCCCGGCUCCCCGGGGCGCCUGCGCGAGGGCAGGGAGCGGUACGAGCUGGAGGCACUGCCCUGGCAGGGGACUCUGGUGGGCUUGGAUGAGCUGCAGAAGCCAGAACUGGGGUGCUGGGUCAGGGUCCAGUCCAUCUGUGUCUCCCUUCUCAAGGUGCCUCUGAUGUUUGCAUUCCUGUACCUCUUUGUGUGCUCCUUGGAUGUGCUCAGCUCUGCUUUCCAGCUGGCUGGAGGCAAAGUGGCCGGUGACAUCUUCAAGGACAACGCCAUCCUCUCCAACCCUGUGGCUGGGCUGGUGGUGGGCAUCCUGGUGACCGUGCUGGUGCAGAGCUCCUCCACCUCCACCUCCAUCAUUGUCAGCAUGGUCUCCUCAGGGCUGCUGGAGGUGCGCUCUGCCAUCCCCAUCAUUAUGGGCUCCAACAUUGGCACCUCUGUCACCAACACCAUUGUGGCCCUCAUGCAAGCUGGUGACCGCAGUGAGUUCAAACGGGCCUUUGCUGGUGCCACAGUGCAUGACUGCUUCAACUGGCUGUCAGUGCUGGUCCUCUUGCCGCUGGAGGUGGUGAGCGGGUACCUGCACCGUGUCACCCGCCUGGUCGUGGCCACCUUCAACAUCCGUAGUGGGAAGGAUGCCCCUGACCUACUGAAGAUCAUCACAGAGCCCUUCACCAAGCUCAUCAUCCAGCUGGACAAGUCGGUGAUCACUGGGAUUGCAACGGGGGACGAAAGCCUGCGCAACCGCAGCCUUAUCCGUGUCUGGUGUGGCCCUGCUCUCCCACAGCCCCUCACCCAACCAUGCUGUGUGGUAGGUGAGCACCUCUUCACCAACACACCACUGCCCGAUCUGGCCGUGGGGCUGGUGCUGCUGGCUGGGUCCCUCCCUGUGCUCUGCACCUGCCUCAUCCUCCUGGUCAAACUCCUCAACUCCCUGCUCAAGGGACAGGUGGCCAAAGCCAUCCAGAAGGUCAUCAACACUGACCUCCCACACCCACUCAGCUGGCUCACUGGGUACUUCGCCAUGGUGGUGGGUGCUGGUAUGACCUUCGUGGUGCAGAGCAGCUCUGUCUUCACCUCGGCCAUCACACCUCUGAUUGGCCUGGGUGUGAUCAGCAUAGAGCGUGCCUACCCACUGACCCUGGGCUCCAACAUUGGCACCACCACCACUGCCAUCCUGGCCGCCCUGGCCAGCCCUGGGGACAAGCUGGCCAGCUCCUUCCAGAUUGCCCUCUGCCACUUCUUCUUCAACAUCUCGGGCAUCCUCCUGUGGUACCCACUGCCCUUCACCCGCCUGCCCAUCCGCAUGGCCAAGGCACUGGGCGAGCGCACGGCCAAGUACCGCUGGUUCGCUGUGCUGUACCUCAUCGUCUGCUUCCUCCUGCUGCCCUCCCUCAUCUUCGGCAUCUCCAUGGCAGGCUGGCAGGUGCUGGUGGGGGUGGGCGCACCUUUCCUCAGCCUCUUCUUCUUCGUGGGGCUGGUAAACAUGCUGCAGGCGCGCAGCCCCGGCCGCCUGCCCAAGUGGCUGCAGACUUGGGACUUCCUCCCCGCCUGGAUGCACUCCCUGCAGCCCCUCGACCAGGUCAUCACCCGGGCCGCCCUCUGCUGCACCGACCGCUGCCGCAGCCCUGAGGGCUGGGAGGAACGUGAAGGUCCUCCCUGCGACAAGGCCAGGCUGGGGCUGGACAACCCCACGCUCUCCUACCCUGAGGAGGUGCCCAGCCCUGCCAUCCGGAUGGGCUCCCCUCGCCCACCCCUGCAUGGUGCCACCCGGCUCUAG